AGUAAUGCGCGACGAUUGAUCUGGACGAGGACGAACAACGGGUGAGAACGUCAAGGGCCUGGAGGUGCUGUUGAGUGUCGAAGAAUGCUGCUUGAAACCGGGGCGUCAAGAGGAUCUUGUGCCUUUAAUGCUUUCACUGCCAAACUCUAAGUUGCUGGCCGGAGUUUGCGGGGCAAUGAUGACACUGAGCGCAAUGACCUCAUCAGUGUGCCUUUGCCAGAUCAAGGAUCGUGUGAGAGUCAACACCAGACGCGACCGUGAAAAAUUAGUACCUAAGGAUAUGUAUGAUCUGAUCGUUUUGACUGCGACCCCACUCCUCGCAGAGGGAUGCAAGGGCGCAGAUACUUCAGGUCGAGGGCGUUCGGCAUAGUAGGGUCCUUGAAGGGCGUUUGGACGGUCCCUGUCUUGUAUCUUUUGAUUGGGAUAUAAGACCUCGGGCACAUAUGCUUCCCUGUGGUUACAACGUACUUGGACUACUUGGCUGGGUAGCGAUAUGACGAGGCAACACCAAGAGCUCACUCACAGCCCGGAAGCCCCGGCAGUUCUUCUCACGACCUGCUCCUCUUGACGUUAGGCGGCUCAGCAUCAUACAAUUAUCAAGGACAGUAUUGACUAUCAACACCCUCUCGACCGACCCUCUCGACCCU